AUGUCGGUGUCCCAACUAGCCGCUGAGACCACUGGCAAUGGUGUGGGCGAAGAUUUUCUCCACGAUGUUGAGCAACAGGAUGCCUUUGCGGUAAUCAUAGAGCUGCCCGUUCCAUUUUCCUUUAUAUAGAUAAACGACGUUCGCGUCACUGAACUCCUUGCUAACUUGUUCUUGACGCCACAUCUUUCGGAAAAGCGUUAUAAGUUUACUUAUCGUGCGGGGCAGCCAGUCUUAUAAACUGCAGCCGAGAUCGUGUAGGAUUGCGGUGCUUUCCCAAUUAAGAUUGUUUCUGGCGGUGUCUAGGGUGUCGACUGUUUCCCAUGGGGGUGUCGGUCGAUGACGGCCACGGAGAUCCUGGAUGGGCGGUUGAGGACACUGCUGAAGUGCUUGGUCUAACAACUCAGAGCUUGCAACUUCCCCGUCGGGAGUGUCUUUCCGUCGGAGUUGAGAAGCGGCGCCGUUCUUGUUGACCGCAGACCUCCCUGAUUGAUGCGAAGACGAUCUCUGUUUUAUUGCCGUCAGCGUACUCUUGGAUUUCCUUGACUUUGCAAUCCAUUGGGCAUCAGGCUUCUCGCACUGCACAGGGCGGUGACAUCCGAAUAAGGCCACCUCUUGCGUCGGUAUGGCAGUCUGUUCUUCUGGACGAGUAAUUUGUUGACGUCUAUGUCGUUUUUGUCAAAACAUUCCUAAUAUUUACGACGUGCGCGACCGACAACAACCAAGACGGUGAAGUGGACAACGUUCCGCAGUUGAUACCACCCUGUCUAUGCAGUAGCUUUUUGCGAGGUUACUGUUGGAGUUGCGAAAAUUCCCAUUGUAAAACUCAAAAGGCAAUUUGGCGAGAAUACGUCUGCUUUCGAUAUAUUAUCUUCAGGCCUGUACAUUUAUAUGGCCAUUGAAGUAAUGAAUUAAAAGAUACGGACAAAUAGAUAAUUAAACUGUAGCUCGGGUUUGGCUAGGGGAGGGGAGGGGAGGCGAGAGUGAAACACCAAAAUCCCAGUCAGCGCCCGGGAGAAGGUGGGGCCCGGCGAAGGGAAUUACAUGCGGGUAGUUGGCUUGGCGGCUUUGACCCAUGGUUACUGUGGGACCUGUACGAAGUUCUUGUGUGCGCAUAGGACCGGUCGGCGUAGCCUGAUUGCAGCCGCCUCUCCAGUAGCCAACAAGCGCUGCGCAAGCAGUUUUGAAUAUCCUGAUGGGACCUUGUAUAUCACUCUGAAGGCCCCUCUGGCGUCUACACGGUGGUCUGUGUCUACCAUGUUGGAGCCUUAUUUUUGAGAUGGUGAGUCAUUGAUAACUGCAACCGUCGGCGUCGCAGAUAGUUUUGGUCAUCAGCACUUCCUGGAAGAGAACGUAGUCCAGCAGCUGCUAGCGUCGGGAUGUUGGGUUUGCAUCCAGGUUACACUCUCCGUCGUUGAAUAAAAGAAGAAUGUGCUGGGUUGGAGGAGACAGUGUUUCGCGUAGGUCUGCAGAAGGAGGAGGUCGUUGUCGUUGGUGCUCCACCCCCUUCCCCUCAGACAGCGUGGUCUGUCUCGACGGGGUCACUGAAGUCAGCAAAGACACAGGAGGAGGAGGAGGAGGAGGAGGAGGAGGAGGAUGAGGAGGAGGAGGAGGCCGUUAUCGUUGGAGUGGUCGAGUGCAUGAGGACUCAUGAUAUGUUAGCUGAUGUCCUGCGGAGGAGAAGGGAGCCAUCCCACGAUUUCGAUACAGACGAAAAAGGCGACGCCAUCCUUACGUCGCUUUGGGAGACCACUCCAGAGGAAGGUGUAGCCGUCAUUCACGUACUCCUGUCAGUCUUGUUCGGAUAA